AUGGGGACAUCCCUUGAUGCCCUCAAUGCGCCGGCCAGCCUGACCCAGCGCAGGCAAGCCGCAUCUAAUCUUCCUGCGUUCGAGCUGCCACCGCCAUCGAACAUCCAAUUCACUCCCAUAUCGACUCACAAGAUUCCUCCGCUCUCCGGCCUCGGCGCCUCUCACGCCGGUCCUGGGCUUGUGAGCCUGGGUCAACUUCUUACUCCGCCAUCAAACUCGGCCUCAGAAGGAAGCGCAACCUCAUCUGGCAUCAGCACGACCCCAAACAGUGCCGCAGUACCAGUUCUUCCUUACACCCCUAGCUUCUUCAAUACUGGCACAACACCGACCGGGUAUAACACGGGCUUCACCCCUCAGCCCUGGCACAACGGGAACGCUCUGCUUCCUCCUCGAUCCAUGUUUUCACCCAUGGGAGGCCCACAGAUGCGGCAUCACACCAAUUCCCCUACCGCUGGAGAAGCUUCGGCCCUGCCUCCUCCUCCUUAUGAUCUCAACUCAGUUCAGCCAUACGGCGCCUCUCUCCCGAUGUCUUCUCCCAUGAGUGCCACCAAUUCUGCUCAUCAGCACCAUGUCCUGUCGUCUUUGCAGAAUGGACUUCGACCGCCGAGCCAACAGUCUCCUAUAUCCCCACACGAUGGAGUUAGCAAGCCAUCCCCGAAUCCUGCCUUGUUCACAACCGUGACCAGCACGGGUCCCCACCCGUCUAGUUAUGCUUAUGCGACAUCUACACCAGUCUCUCAGAGCCCGCAUCUGCACGGGCUGCAUGGACCGCGUAUGUCUCCCACCCUUCAUCAAGGGCCACUCCCACCGCAACCGCAGGCGCCAUUUAUGCGGCCUCCUCCUCCUUCGUAUUCUUUGCCAGCAAUGCCAGGCCCUAUUAUGACAAAUGUACACAGCCCAGGAGCACAGAUGGCAAUGGUGGGCAAUAUGCAAGCGAAUAUGUUGCCAGUAGGCUUCAAUAGCGGCUACGCUGCGAAUCCGCAAGCUAUGUACGGCCAGCAACGGACGAACGCUCCACAACAGCCUCCAAUUCACGACCGCCCUUUCAAAUGUGAUCAAUGUCCCCAGAGCUUCAAUCGCAACCAUGACUUGAAGAGGCACAAAAGGAUCCAUUUAGCCGUGAAGCCGUUCCCUUGUACUCACUGUGACAAGAGUUUCUCGCGCAAGGAUGCGCUGAAGAGGCACAUCUUGGUCAAGGGAUGCGGCAGUGGCUCUACCGCCGACGGCAUGUCCCGUGACGAACACGGCAAAUCUGACUCUGGCAGCGAUGUCAACAGCGGCAGCCCGGCGGCAGCAACAGCAGCAUGA